CUUUCAAAAUUACACAAGAAAUAAUCGUUAUCAUAUAUCGUUGGCAUAUCUGACCUUCACUUGAGCGCAAAGGCUCUCGGCCCAAGUAGCGCUCCGCCAUUCUCACUGAACACUUUGAUCGCUUAACCACAUUUCAUUUCUCCCAAAACGUCAUCAUUCGAAAGCCUACUGACAUCAUUUAGUAUUGAUCUUGUCAUAUAAACAUCCAGUGACAUCACUUGCAAAGUGACUUCAUCAUAAACAACAAGCCUUGUGACAUAAUUAUUCAACCGCUCAUCACAAUUUCCAACCGUAAUUUAAACAAAUACAAAAAUUAAAACACUCAACAGUUACUACUUGCAUAAGUGAUAGUACAGUAAAAAUUCAAACUAAAUCAAAGAACAAUUUGAUGCAUACUUAGGCUUACCCAGUCCAGGUGGUCCACCGUCCCCUUUGCAGGUGUUGUAAUCCAGGAUGCGCUGAGGAUUUUGAUUUUCCAGAUGUUCGUCACAACUCGCAGUAGAUCGGUACUCGAGACAAUUUACCAACAAUCUUUUUGAGAAUGUCGGCAAAUGAUGCUGAAGCAAUGACGGUCAACCUUCUGCCCGGAGACUCAGCGCAAGUGGGGCAAAUCGUCAGGUGGUCACCGCAAUCAGGACUUGAAGUCGCCGCGUUGAGGAGUUUCGCCUUUGCCUGCGAGCCGUACUUUAACUUCCUGGAAUCUACAGCCAGAACCAUGCAGCUGCCCUCUGACGUGUUUGUACAGCUGAUGGAGUUCUCUCAGCAAAUGUGUGACACAUUGGAACAUCUGGUACUGACCUUUGCCAGCAACAAUCUCCUCACUUUGGAUGAAUCCGAGCCUGACAACAUGUCUCACUUCUGCAUCGGCUGCGUAGAGCUAGACCAACUGCAGCUGAGUGUCACCGCAUUCCGCUACUGCAAGCCCACGCCCUACCUGGCCAGAAUCAACACCGGCGUGUUUAAGCGCAUGCGCUGGAACGUGAAGCACCUUAAUGGUGCCAAAGACGGAGACGGCAACCCUGAGAUAGAGUACUACUUCCUGUGCUACGAGGAUAUUCUCGACUUGCACACAGACGAUGACAACCCGGAUUCCAAAACUCUGCGGAUGUGGUCCAUUGGUCAGUGGGUGCAGUUGAAACCUGACCCCAACUCGGAGACCAUUUUUGACUGGCUGGAGUGUGAAGUUCCCGAGGGCGCCUUCGAGAAGCUGCUGUUUAUGGGCAGCCAAGAGCCAUCAAGCUACACAGCCACCCAACACCUGCUGCAGCUGCUGAUGUCAUCAGUCAUCUCCGUUGGUAACACAUCCGGGGUUCCCAGGAUGGCAUAGCCCUGUUGUCAUUACGCAAUGUUUUGAACCAGGGACUCUUAUUCAUCACAAGCGGGGUUCGACGUCGUGUCAGGACAUUGGAAGUCAUUAGUCAAUCAAGAAUUAAGAUUGAAAUGUUGAAUGGGAGAUUUGGAACGGGUUGAAUAAAUGUGGAGGAACGAG